AUGAUUACCGAAGCGCUCAGAACAGGGAGAACGACGAUAACAGCGACAGGUCUAUUCAGUUCCAGUUCGCAAGGUGCUGAUUCUGAAUAUAGGUCGAUUUCGACACAUGCUCCAUUAUUUUCAAGCGAUGAGGAUGAAAUAGUACAACGAGUAAGAGGCGACUUCGCCAAUGUGGCGGACCACGAUGCGACAAGUGCCAGUAGUCGAUGGUGGUUACGCGUUUCAAGCAAAGAGCUUAAUGGAGUAGUAUCUAGCAGCUUGAGGCGCGACAUCAGCCCUUCUAACCUUUUUCGUGGCGAUUGGCCUGGAAGCAAGCAACAAGGCGGUACCGAGUUCUAUGCGCCGUGGAGUC